UGUGUGAUUCAUAAUCGUUCAUAUCUCUGUUUGGCGUUUGAUUUCCUUGCUUCUCUCUCUCUCUCUCUAGCAUGCCGCUUCUCCUUCAUCCUCACUCGUUGCGGCACUAUCCUUGUUUCCACAUCAGAAAAAGCAAUUCUACUCUUGGAUUGCUCCAAGUUUAUGACAAGUUUCUCCAAUCUCAAGCUUCCUCCUUCAAUCCACGAAUCCUCAAACGCGAGCUCUCUGUAGCUAAAGCUGCUUCCGCUCAAGCCAGUAGUAUCCGUAAGAGCGUUGCUAAAACUUUAGAAAAAGAUGUGUUGAAGGCUUUGUCUCAGAUCAUUGAUCCUGAUUUCGGGACAGAUAUAGUGUCAUGUGGUUUUGUAAAAGAUUUGGUAAUUGAUGAAGCUCUAGGAGAGGUUUCACUCCGUUUGGAGCUGACAACACCGGCAUGUCCAGUCAAAGAUAUGUUUGAGCAGACGGCAAAUGAAGUUGUUGCAGUGCUUCCAUGGGUGAAGAAGGUGAACGUGACAAUGUCAGCACAACCAGCUAAGCCCAUAUUUGCUGGGCAGCUUCCACCUGGAUUAUCAAGAAUUUCGAGCAUUGUGGCUGUUUCAAGUUGCAAGGGAGGUGUUGGAAAAUCAACAGUAGCUGUAAAUCUUGCAUAUACAUUGGCUGGUAUGGGUGCAAGAGUUGGCAUCUUUGAUGCUGAUGUCUAUGGUCCAAGUUUACCAACUAUGGUUAAUCCCGAGAGCCGUAUUCUUGAAAUGGACCCGGAGAAGAAGACUAUCAUUCCAACAGAAUACUUGGGAGUGAAGCUAGUCUCAUUUGGAUUUGCAGGACAAGGGCGUGCCAUAAUGAGAGGUCCAAUGGUGUCUGGUGUCAUAAAUCAACUCCUUACAACAGCUGAAUGGGGAGAGCUAGAUUAUCUUAUUAUCGACAUGCCUCCUGGGACCGGUGACAUUCAAUUAACCUUAUGCCAGGUUGCGCCAUUAACAGCAGCUGUAAUUGUCACCACACCUCAAAAGCUGGCCUUUAUCGAUGUUGCCAAAGGUGUACGAAUGUUCUCAAAGCUAAAGGUACCUUGUGUUGCUGUUGUGGAGAAUAUGUGCCAUUUUGACGCUGAUGGGAAACGUUAUUACCCUUUUGGGAAAGGUUCUGGUUCUCAGGUUGUCGAGCAAUUCGGAAUACCUCACCUCUUUGACCUCCCCAUUAGAUCGACGUUAUCUGCUUCUGGAGAUAGCGGAAUCCCUGAAGUUGUGUCAGAUCCUCUAAGUGAAGUCGCAAGAACGUUCCAGGAUCUCGGAGUAUGUGUUGUGCAACAAUGUGCCAAGAUACGCCAGCAAGUUUCAACAGCUGUGACGUACGACAAAUAUCUUAAGGCAAUUAGAGUGAAGGUGCCAAACUCAGAUGAAGAGUUCUUACUGCACCCUGCAACUGUCAGAAGAAAUGAUCGAUCUGCCCAAAGCGUGGACGAAUGGACUGGUGAACAGAAGAUUCAGUUCGGGGAUGUAGCAGAAGAUAUCGAGCCUGAGGAAAUACGACCAAUGGGAAACUAUGCUGUCUCGAUAACUUGGCCUGACGGGUUUAGCCAGAUUGCUCCAUAUGAUCAGCUGGAAACAAUUGAACGGUUAGUAGAUGUUCCUCCAUUGUCUCCAGUUGAAGUCUGAUACUUAUAUAAUAGUUUCCUUUCUGGAAGAUAAAUAUGUAUAUUCAUAUCAAGGAAAAAUGAAAAAUACUUUGAGGGCAUUGGUUUUGAAUCAUAUGAUGAUGAAAACCUGCGAUUUAAUUGUAAAGCUUUCAUUUCUUCUUAUGAAUUAUACUUAUAUUCA